AAAAAAAACAAAAAUGUCAUUCGUAAGAGUUUCUUUGGCACUUUCGUCGAGUUUUCCCUUUCUAAAACAAUUGCGUGUACCGGCGUGUUGUGGAACUAUUAGACGGAAUUCUUUAAAAACGGCUGUUCCUCAAACUUCUAAUUUAAAAAACAUGUAUAUUGCCGAAGAAAGAGGAUCAGCAUACUCGCCCGAUUACCGAGUUUUUUUCAAGGAUGAGAGCGGACCCAUCUCGCCGCUGCACGACAUCCCACUGUGGGCCGAUAAGGCGCGGCGCGUGGCCAACAUGGUUGUGGAAAUACCGCGCUGGAGCAACGCCAAGAUGGAGAUCAGUCUCGGCGAGAAGCUGAACCCCAUCAAGCAGGACGUGAAGAAGGGCGCCAUGCGGUUUGUUGCCAACGUGUUCCCGCACCACGGCUAUAUCUGGAACUACGGCGCGCUGCCUCAGACUUGGGAAAACCCCAGCCAUGUCGACCCGGGAACGCAGGCGCGCGGCGAUAAUGACCCCGUGGACGUCAUCGAGAUCGGGCAACGAGUGGCGGCGCGGGGCGAGGUCCUGCAGGUCCGCAUCCUGGGGGCCUUCGCGCUCAUCGACGAGGGCGAGACUGACUGGAAGCUGCUGGCCAUAGAUACACGAGACCCGCUGGCCGCGCGCCUGAAGGAUGUUCCCGACGUGGAGCGCGAGUGUCCUGGCCUUCUGCGCGCCACCGUCGAGUGGUUCCGCGGCUACAAGCAGCCCGACGGCAAGCCACCCAACCAGUUCGCCUUCGACGGACAACCCAAGGACGCCGAAUUCGCGCACAAGGUGGUUGACGAGGUCCAUGAAUUCUGGAAAGGAUUAGUUUCUGGAGCAGUCGAGAACGCGAACGAUAUCUGCAAGAUGAAUGUGACGGUAGAGAGCAGUCCGACACGUGUCGAGCGCAGCACCGCCGCUGCCGUAGUGGCCGCCGCACCAGCGCACGGCUUACCGGCGCCGAUACCGGCCUCAGUGGAUAAAUGGCACUACCUUUCAAACUUGUAGUGAGCCGAUAUCGACUGGGUGUCGUGCUGAUGGGGGGUGAAGGGGGGAUCACAAGGGGUUGUUUUGCACAACAUGGCAGAUCAGCUACAGGCAUCGCUCGGGACUGAGGAGAUGCUCGCCUUCACAAUCCUUGUUUAUUAUUAUAUAUAUUAGUAUGUUGUAUUUAUUGUUUUAAGCUGUGUGUUCUUGUUUUGUACCGCAGCGGAAGUAUGUAUGUAGUAAGUGUAAGUCAAUGUGAUACUUGAAUCCAACCUAUCGUCAUUAUUGUUAUGUUAAUAAUAAUUAUUUAUGCACUCGGGGUAAAUUAUAUAAGUUUAUAAUGAA